CAGCAGCGGAGGCAGGAUGGGCAGGCGGGGGAAACUGCCGGUGACAGCAGCCAGCCGCCGGAGAAGAGGCAGAGCGGCGAGAAGGAAGACAAGAAGAAGUCUGCAGUCAGCAAGACUUCAGGUGCACCUUCAUACAGCAGAUGGUCGAGUUCACAGCCACAUCAGCCCAACUCCACAGUAAGAACAUACCACAACAGUAAAUAUCGGGUGACCAUGAGCCCUGGCUUUAGUUCACAGUGGAACAGCAGCCAACCUCUUUGGAACACAUACACCUUCCCAAGAACAAGCUUGCACUACCAGUCCCAUGCUAGCUACACCUAUUGUGCUGGACACACUACGCAUUCCUAUGCACCAGCUCCCCACCCCAUGGCUCCUCCCAGCCCCAGCACGAACAGUAGCAACAACAACAGCAACAGCAGCAGCGGCGAACAGUUGAGUAAAACCAACUUGUACAUCCGAGGCCUUCCACCAGGCACCACUGACCAAGACCUUAUCAAGCUGUGCCAGCCGUAUGGAAAAAUUGUAUCUACGAAAGCAAUCCUAGACAAAAACACAAAUCAGUGCAAAGGUUAUGGUUUUGUAGAUUUUGACAGUCCAGCAGCAGCACAGAAAGCAGUAGCAUCUCUUAAAGCAAAUGGAGUGCAGGCCCAGAUGGCAAAGCAACAAGAGCAAGACCCCACAAAUCUUUACAUCUCAAAUUUACCCAUUUCCAUGGAUGAACAGGAACUGGAGAAUAUGCUGAAACCCUUCGGACAUGUCAUUUCUACCAGAAUAUUAAGAGAUGCGAAUGGCGUCAGUAGAGGAGUCGGCUUUGCCAGGAUGGAAUCUACUGAAAAAUGUGAAGUAGUUAUACAGCAUUUUAAUGGAAAGUACCUGAAAACACCACCUGGUGUGCCCGCCCCAACAGAGCCUUUGCUGUGCAAAUUUGCAGAUGGAGGGCAAAAGAAACGACAGAAUCAAAGCAAGUACACACAGAAUGGGAGGCCAUGGCCAAGGGAAGGAGAGGCUGGCAUGGCCUUGACAUACGACCCCACAGCUGCUAUACAGAAUGGAUUUUAUUCCUCACCGUACAGUAUUGCAACAAACCGCAUGAUCCCACAGACAUCUAUCACACCAUUCAUUGCUGCUUCCCCUGUCUCCACAUAUCAGGUUCAGAGUACUUCAUGGAUGCCUCAUCCGUCAUAUGUUAUGCAACCAACGGGUGCUGUGUUAACGCCAACAAUGGAUCACACCAUGUCCAUGCAGCCAGCAAGUAUGAUGGGCCCCUUGACACAACAGAUGAACCAUCUUUCCUUGGGCACAACAGGAACGUAUAUGACGGCUGCUGCACCUAUGCAAGGGACCUACAUUCCCCAGUACACUCCUGUGCCUCCAACAGCUGUCCCUCUUGAAGGUGUUGUUGCCGAUACCUCUGCACAGACAGUAGCACCUUCAUCACAGGAAGCCAGUGGUCAGCAGCAACAAAUGGCAGUAGAAACAUCCAGUGAACAUGCAUCUGCAUAUUCCUAUCAACAGUCAAAGUAA